AAUACACCCAAUUGAUAAUCGAAUCUAAUACCUCAAUUGUUAUAAAGUACUUAUCUCAAAGUUUUCUUUCUCACACACAUGAGUUUCAUUAUCCUACAAAUUUAGCCACCAAUUUCUCUCUUCCUUCUUCUUUCUCUCAAACUCCUUCCAUGUCCUGCAUAAGUCUAAGACUUCCACCUGCUAAAAAGGUAUGGAAAAGCUUCACCUCUAAACUCGGUAGUAAACUUCACACCAUUCGUAAAUCCAAAACCAUGAAAAAACAAAGAAAGAAUAAAAAAAACACGACAACUAUCACCACCACUUCCAAAGCACCACCUAAGUUUCUUGCUACGAAGCGUUUUCGACGUAAAAGGUUAACCACGGUUAGAAGUUUAUUAUCCAGCUUCAACAAAAAGCCUGCACCUGUUUAUAUAGAUAAGCUCUUCAAAGAGCCUCCUUCUGAUUAUGUAGGGUAUUUGAAACCACAGACACAACCAGUUUACAAACCACGAACCGAAAUAGCAGCGAAGGAUUCUUCUGAGAAGAAAGAAGUGGUGCAACUAGAAGGAACAAGUAAGAGAUGUGAGAAAGCUAGUGCUUCAGAUGAUGUGUGGGAGUCAGUGGCGUUAGCUUCACAUCAAAUGGAAGGAAUUGAUGAACGAGCUGAGGAGUUUAUCAUGAGGUUCAGAAAACAGAUGGCUGCGCAAGAGAGAUUAGCAAGAAGUUUGUAGUACAUGUAGUUCUUGUUGCUGUGUAAUAAAAUUAAUAAAAAAUAAAGCAAGAAACUAAAUCCAUUUUGUUUGGUUAGAUAUUAAGAAAACUGGACUAGUAUAAAUAUUAUAAGUGUUGUAGAUUAUUAACGAUUAGUUUGUAUGGUUAUUCUCUAUCUGUGUCAAUUUUGUUUACCUAAUAGAAUAUGGCUAAGAAAAUGAAUUUCAAUUUA